AUGGCUGUGCUGCUGGGGCUGCUGCUGGCCCUGCUGGGCUGCACCGUGGCAUUGGAUCCUGCCCUGGAGGAGGCCUGGGAAGGGUGGAAGAGCUUCCAUGCCAAGGAGUACCCAGGGGAGGUUGAGGCUGCCCGCAGGGAGGUCUGGGAGAAGAACCUGCAGCGCAUCCAGCAGCACAACCGGGAGGAGUCGCAGGGGCAGCACGCUGUCCGCCUGGCCAUGAACCACUACGGGGACCUGACGGACGAGGAGUUUAACCAGCUCCUGAACGGCUUCACCCCAGCGUGGCAGGAGGAGCCAGCGCUGCUCUUCCAGGCUUCGGCAGCCCGGAAGACCCCGGCAGCGGUGGACUGGCGGGCAAAGGGCUAUGUGACGCCAGUGAAGAACCAGGGGCACUGUGGGUCAUGCUGGGCGUUCAGUGCCACGGGGGCCUUGGAGGGGCUUGUCUUCAACCGGACAGGGAAGCUGGUGGUCCUGAGCGAGCAGAACCUCAUCGACUGCUCCCGAAAGCUGGGCAACAAUGGCUGUCCUGGAUACACCCCCCGGGAGAGGGCAGCCAACUGCUCCGCUGUCUGGCUGGUGGCCCAGGGCAGUGAGGCGGCACUGGAGCAGGCAGUGGCAGCUGUGGGCCCUGUGUCCGUGGCAGUGGAUGCCAGCAGCUUCCAAUUCCACUUUUACAAGUCGGGCAUCUUCAGCAGCAUGUUUUGCAGCCAGCGGGUGAACCACGGGAUGCUGGCUGUGGGCUACGGCACGAGCCAGGAGCACGGGCAUAACGUGAGCUACUGGAUCUUAAAGAACAGCUGGUCGGCGGCGUGGGGUGAGCAGGGCUACAUCCGCCUGCUGAAGGGCACCGACAACCACUGCGGGGUGGCCAACCAGGCCAGCUUCCCCGCGCUGUGA